GAAGCGAGCGCGAAGAAAUCAAUUGGUUUACACUAGCUAGUCAACAGAUAUUGGAUGUUGUAUGAAGUGCAAAGUGCAAAGUAAUGCACAUCAGUAAAAAUGAGGCAAGUACGACCGACUUCCAGUACAUGUUGAGCAACCGUGCUAUCACCAGAGUGUCCAUGGAGAAAGAUUUGGGCUCAACUUCUCCGACACCUUGGACACCAGCUCCAACUACAAAGGUAUGACAACCAAAGCGAACGCCAUUCUACACUUUCUGCGUAGACAGCUUGGCGCCCUCACUCCCGAACUCUUCCUUACCAUUUUCAAAUCCUACGUGCGGCCGCACCUAGAGGUCUUCAAUACGGUGGCUCCUCCAACACUCAAGAGAGACUCUAAUCUCCUUGAAAGAAUACAGAGAACUGCAACAAAAUCAGUUGUGGGGCUAAGGGGAAAGACGUAUUUUGAAAGACUUAAACACCUCAACCUAUUUACCUUGGGUUAUCGCAGGAAAAGGGGUGACCUCAUUAUGGCAUACAAGAUCGCCCAUCAGGCAGACCAUGCAAACAAAUCAAUUUUGCCUGCAACUGAACGAUCUUCACGAGGAAACCCCUUUAAGAUAGCACACCAGAGAGCCAAUACCACACUCAGGUCCAAAUUUUUCUCCCUAAGAGUAUGUGCUUUAUGGAAUGCCUUACCGCGACACAUCGUUAUAGCUCCUUCAGUCGACUCUUUCAAGAGGCGAUUAGACAGUUAUGUUACCUCGCAUGGACUACCACGGACGUACUCAGGUAGUCACCAACCUCAGUACCCCUCAACUCCCUCCUAACUACCACUCACUAUCUCUCUCCUUAAUACACCCACAUUACCUACUAAUUCUUCUGUAGGAACCAAACCCACGCGACCAUUCGGGCAAUUCCCAAAUACUUUUCUUUCGUUCUCAUUUCUCUCUUCACCCCUUCUUUUAUUCUCCUUCCCUUUCCUCUUCCCUGCAUUAUUAUUACUAUUAUUUUUAUUUUUAAUUUUUUAUUUAUUUAUUUAUUUAUUUUUUAUUUUAUUUUAUUUUAUUUUUUUUAUUUAUUUUUUUA